AUGGGAGCUUGUGCUUGCAUUGAUAAAGGAACUGUUUUUGAGAAGCCAACUAUUAAAGAAUAUAGGGGGAAAAUGGUUAUAGAAUACUUAUAUGGACUUACUCUCCUCCCCCUUCGUGAGAACAAAAAAAAUCUUGUUCGCUUAUGGAGGGGGGUUAAUUUUUUUUUUAAAAUUUUAUAUAUAAAGUUUUUAUAGAAAAAAUUUUUUCAAAUUAAAAAAAUCCUAAUUCGCAAAAAUUUGAAAGUAAAUAUUAAUUUAAUUUGUUUUAAAACGCAAUUUAUCUAAAAUUAAACAGAAUUAGCUAGAGAAUUCAUUAUACUAAUUAUCACUUAUAUAUCAAAUUUUUUUUCCAUAAAAAAUUUUUGUUCACUCAUGGAAGGUGGGUUUUUGGGCAAAAAAUAGGAUUUUUCUAAUGGUUUUGCUCGCUCACGGAGGAAGGGGAUUUAGCAAUCAUAAAACUGCAAAUAAAUAUGAUGAUACUAGCGAAGAAUGAAGCACUAAAGAAACCAAAGGUUGGUUAAUAAGUGAAGGCUAUAAUGUUCCACCUGGUCUUAUAGCAGGCGAUAUCUUUAUAAUAGAUGAUGGAAGUCAUUUUGAAAUCAUAGAAUUACUAAAUAACGAAAAAAAAGCGAUAACUCAUUGCUUGGUUUGCGAUAUUGAUGUUCCAGGGAGUGAACUGAAAAACCACUCGAACUCAACAGAUCAUUUUACGAGAAAUUUAAAUAAUUUAAGUAGGUAG